CUCCAGCUCCAAUCGUAUUCUACGAUUCCAACUUACGCUACUCUUCAUUUCACCUGAGACGCAUCGAAAUCUGGUACUGGUGCAAGCUUAGAAUACAAGUUUACAAUACUUCAUCCCACCAUACUCCGCCACAAUGUCGGACCUCGAUCACUUCGACUUCCUGCCCAUCCAACUGGAUGGCAAGACCCAGACCGUCGGAUCAACCCGCUCAUCACGUACUCUCAACGCCGAACUCGACAGCCUCAACAAACUUCACAGCGCUCUCCUCGAGAUCGAGCACCCUGCCGGCGUCCCUCCUCCCCCUAUCCCCGUCAACCCUAAGCGCAGCGCCGAUGUCUCCAAGAUUCGCGACAAUGGCAACGCCGAGUUCCGCAAGCAAAACUACCCCGAAGCUAUUAAGAUCUACACGUCAGGGAUCGAGCUUGCCCUCAACCGUCCGCUCUGGGAGCCCCAAGCUCUAGUGAGAGAAGAAGUUGCCGGUCUGCUCGCCAACCGUGCCCAAGCCCACAUGGCGCUCCAGAACUGGCCGGAAGGCAGCGUGGACGCCGAAGCCAGCGUUGAGGCUAGAAGAGUUGGUAACGCAAAGGCUUGGUGGAGAAGAGGACGCUGCUUGAUGGAGAUGAGCCGUCUGGAAGAAGCCCGCGAGUGGGUGAAGAAGGGCCUUGAGGUUGAGGGCGAGGAGGGCGAGCUCGUGACACUGCUCAAGGAUAUUGAGGGUAGAAUCGAGAAGGCCCGGGCUGCCCUCUAAAGGAGUAUAACCUGGAGAGUUGCUAUUUACGCUAAGAUAUACACCGCAUAAAGCAUAAUUGGCGAGGAUGAUACGGGCUGCUGUUUACUUUGGAAACAGGCGUGUUGGAAAAUGGUAGUCAUGCGCAGGGUCUAGAGAGCAUGGCUCGGCAUUGGCUAGAGUGGCACGGAGGCAAUAAGCAUAAUGAAUUUGUACGACUAUUUCUAGAGCAUGCGGGGUAUCGAGCAAGAUAUAUUUUCUAUUGACUGUAUUUUUGGAUGUGAAUUCGAAGUCCGCAUGACUGUGGAGCGUGUGACAGGUAGUUUCGUUGGCACAGGAUGGGUUGUUAGGGUUGGUCAUGUCACAUGAGAGCAUAAUUGCUUCUUGUCAUACCAGCGUGACGGGAACAGAUCAGAUCUAUUAGAGGCAGAAGCGUAAGGAGGGGAGGGGGAGGCGACAAGGCUGGGGCGCGCCAGCGUGAGGAAAAAGCAAAUAUAUCCAGGCACGCCCCGUCAUUGUCUCAAUUUAGCUGGAGCAAAAAACGCCACGAUAAUUUAGUCUCAACGAAGAGAUUGGACCGGCAGUUCGCGGUGACAUUCUUGUAAAGGCUUGCUGAGUGGCUGUAUAUUUUUUCUUUUUUUGACGAUGGAAUCAUUUCAAAUGAACUCUGCUAUGUAUAAGGGUUAUAAAUUUAGAAAAGGAGAAGAUGUGAUCGGCAUAGAUUACAGAGGAAGAUGCAUAAAGUUAAAAAAAGACGAGACAUUUGUUUUGUGCUCGACGCGAAGUUGGUAGUAUCUUCGCAGAGCAUACGAGAAUUCUAAACUACCAGGAGAUCUUGAUCGUUCUCCUUGUCCUCGUUGCCCUCCCUUGUUUCCAACACAGAGUAUGCUAGCCGCGAGGCAGAUAUGACUCGAAACGCAAAAGAAAAAUUGAGAAAUGGUGGUAGUGACAUUUGUGAAUAAAAAGCAUAAAGAAAACGCCGAUAAAGCAGUCAAAAAGAGAUGUGACAGGAUGAUUAUUCCAAUAUAGGGACAUUGUCGUCGUGAAGAAUAGCGAUGGUGGUGUUGUAGUGUGCCCGAGAGCAAGGGUGAGAAGAGGUUAUGCCUUGACGCUCAUGAAUUUCAGAGAGUUGAUUGAUUGACUGCAAGUGUAUGCAGCUCGAAGAGCCAGCUUAUGUGAGAGUGCAUAGUGCGGGUCGUGAUGAUUGCGGAAUGGAGGUUUAGCGGAUGAGAGGAGAACAGCUUAGGCGACCUUUUCAACGAGCUGAUGCUGCUGCUUCUCGUCGAUGAUGGUGGUGGCCGUGGAAGCGGGCUUGGGGGCUCUGGGACGCAUGACGGCAUCCUGGCUGCUCAUGCGACGACCAAGAGCGCGAUCGAGCUUGGCACCGAGAGCAAGCUUGCGGAAGUUGUCGGCCUUUUCCUCGUUGAGAAGGACACGCUGGGACGACAGGUUGGGGUUUUCCAUGCGGGCGAGGCCAGUAGCGAUGUCGCGGAUCUCGCCUUGGGCAGAGUCGUUUGUCUCGAAAGAAGGAGUUACGGAGUAGGUGCUGUAGCGAACCGACGUGCGUGCCUGAGUAGAAGCCAUGGUCGGUUAGGGCGGGUUGAUUUUCUUCACGGUAGAAAGCAGUGGUGGUGGUGAGAAGGGGGAGACGAGUGUGUCGGUGAUGCUGACAACGGGGGCGAAGCUGAGAUGUCGACGCGGUGCAAUAAGGGAAAAGACAAAGAUGAUUUGUGAAGAUGAGAAACGGGCAGAGAUGGAAAAAAGAGAAAAAACGAGAGGUUAAGGUGUUAUUUUAGGUGCUAGGCACACGGGCGCAUUGUAACGCUGUAACUCACCGAUGGGGCCAUGAUGGGGCGACGAGCGGAUUCAAGAGAAACGGGCAUGGUUGUAUCGGGCGGCUGGAAUGGAUUCUAGUUGUAUAAGAGCGUAGCGGGGUGUCUGAGAAUUGCGAAUAGAAAGACGUAGUGA